AGGCUCUAUGUGCGUUUCCCGUUGCCACACGUUUAUCACGGACAUUGUUCUCCUUUAGCAUACAGCAUCGUCAUAAUCGCCUCUGCUCACAUUCAGGGAGACUUUGCUAUGACGGCAGAGCUAUCGGAAAACAUAUAAAUAUUAUAGCCCCCCCAGCAUUCUCUCUGAGAAAAUGUCUACCGCAAGGAUAAAUCACGAGUAUCAUAUAUUCAUUUCAUGCAGUAUCGUAUUCGUUGGAGGAAUCGCUGCUGACUUUGACGGCGAGUGGCAUUUAUUCACCAGUGAUGUCUACUCCCGAUGGUUCCUUGAUCUUUCCUCCUGCAGACCUCAUUUCUUUUCCUGACAGCAACUCCCGCCAUUCAGAGUCAUGCCUAACAAGCUACACGGGUCUCCCUUUGCUUGAUCAAGAUCUCGACCUCCAGUCAUCGUCUAUGUCAUACACCUCUGUCGGUGAUGUUUUGACCCAGCCAAUAAGCACUUCAACCCCUUCGAUCGAGAGAUCCCAUAUAGCGCAUAUCCCUCAAGCACGCUGUCCGAACAGAUGGCAUGCAAGCUGCGGACAUUCGGAAUUCCAUUGUGUCCUUGAGCCUUGCAGAUAUCACGUAGCACUGUGCCAUAAACGAUCCAGUGUGCCUGUCCAGACAUAUGACGCUAGACUUGGUGACUGGGAUCGCUCAGAAGUUUACUUGAACAGUUCUAUCUAUGAACGGACGACAGCAACGCCUCAUAAUCACCUUACUGCUAGGAGAGAAGAUAAUAAGGAGUUAUUCGACGACAGGAUAACCGAGUCUACUGUCCUCAUAUGCAAAUGGCAAGGCUGUUCUUCGUCCAACGUUUUCAAUCGGGCGGGUGAUCUUAUAAGACAUAUUCGAUACGCUCAUGUCAUGCCCCUCUCGUUUAAGUGUGGUAUUGAUGGAUGUCGUCGAUCUUUUAACCGGAAGGAUAAUAUGAAACAACAUAUAUUGACCAUGCAUCGCAAGAAUGCUAACGGAUUGGAAUAAAUACAUUAUUUACGUCAUUGUCUUUGACUGCACUUUUUUCUGUGUUAAUUUGUAGUUUUGCAAGUUGUGCUUCUGUAUAUUUUAUCUCAUUUCAAGCGGCUUCUUUAUUUCCGUUUUAAUUAAAUUCAGUUUUCCUUGAGCGGCUGUUCUGUGUUGUGGUUACAUCCUGGGAGUUUUAGGCUUAUUUUGUUCUAGAGAGGAGUACUUAUCGCAGCGCGUCUUGCCACUUGAGCAGUAGGUGGUCGUAUGAUAUGCCCGAAGUCAUUAAUGCUUUUGAGCGAUAUGGUUAUCUAAGAAUCUCAGGAAGAUAAGUCAACGGUUAGCUGCCCUAAUAUCUACACACAGUUUAUUAUAUACCAGACCUGAAUAAUUAGACCGCCA